CGGAUCGCGAGUUCAGUCUGCGACUGGCCACCGCGUGCGUAACGUCGUUCCCUCUGUCUUGCUUUUGUUUUGCUCGGGCAUCCCUCUCGUUACGAACGUCAUUCCUCCCCUCCUAUUCUUCCUAUCCUUUCCGUAUCCAUGUAUCAUCGUUGGACGUGUUUUUCGUCGAAAUAAAAAACUAUAUUCAUUCGUAUGCUUUUAUUAACCGUAUGUGGAUAUACGGGAUCGAGUCGAUCACGUGUGACGUCGCGGCGGACGGUGUUUCGACCGAGUUUGUUUCCAAGUGAAGGGAACGGAAUGAGGAAGGACUCGGUGAUCGACGAGGGGAUGGUUGUUCGAUCGGCAAUAGCUCGAUGCGAGUUCGGGAAACGAUCUUGAGGCGAUCGGAUGUGCAACGAGGCGCUACCGUCGAGGAUAACAAUAGGCCAGCUCCACAGCUGUGCUAGAGACACUUGAUUGGGCGAUUGCCACGAGCUUCCAUGAAGACACCGCACCUAGGCGACCAUGAAGACUGAUUGCCUGCCAAUAAUUGCCAAGUUCUGCGCGCUACUGACACUGUUCGGGCCCAGUCGUGAUGUUCGAGCACUCGAUAUACGGACGUGCAAUCAAUCCUUGGGGAUGGAGUCCGGCGACAUACCGGAUUCGGCCAUUACGGCCUCCUCGUCGUAUGUGACGAACGUCGGCCCACGAAAUGGCCGGCUGCGCAAGGAGACGGCCGGCGGCGCGUGGUGCCCCAAGAGCCAAAUAGAAAGAGGAAUUCGUGAGUGGUUGCAAGUGGAUCUCCCCGGCCCCCACGUGAUCACCGGUGUGCAGAGCCAGGGCCGUUACGAUCACGGCCGUGGCCAGGAAUACGUGGAGGAGUACACCCUCGAGUAUCGGCGUCCAGGGUUCGCCGAGUGGCGGCGAUACAAGCGGUGGGAUAACAAGGAGGUGCUGGCUGGGAAUACAGACACGUCGACCGUGGUGUCGCAUCGAUUGGUACCGGCGAUCUUCGCCACCCAGAUUCGAAUCUUGCCGCACUCCGAGCACAGGCGCACCGUCUGCCUUCGGAUCGAGCUGAGGGGCUGCAAGGACACGGGUGGGGUGGUGAGCUACACCAUACCGGAAUCCCCGACGAUCGAGCUGAGCGACAUCUCUUACGACGGUAAAAGGCAGGACAACUUGUUGACCGAUGGUCUAGGCCGGCUGAUCGAUGGAGAGGUCGGCGCGGAUAAUUACAGGCUGGACAUGGGAGAUGGAAGAGGGACGGGAUGGGUCGCCUGGAUGCGCGACACCUUCGUCGACGAUUACGUGGAGCUGGUGUUCGAGUUCGAGGUAAUCUGGAUCUUCGAGGCUGUCCACAUCUACACCAAUAAUUAUUUCUCCCGCGACGUUCAGGUAUUCUCGAAAGCGGACGUUUGGUUCAGCGUGGAUGGCGCCACCUACGAGGAGGAGCCAUUGUCCUACUCCUACAUACCGGAUAUCGUGUUGGAGAACGCGAGAAACGUCUCGAUAGGGUUGCACGAGCGCGAAGGACGGUUUCUCAAGAUACAUUUGUACUUCGCCGCUCGAUGGAUCAUGAUCAGCGAGGUGGUGUUCGACGGAACAAGACGCGUCCCCGUUCCAGCGAAUCCUUAUGAAAACACGACCGAGGAGUCAGCAUCCGAGCUCGGUAACGGGGAAAUUCCAAUGGACUCCGAGGUGGAUCUCGACUUGCAAACAAUUACAGUAGCGGGAGAGGGUCAGGAAUAUUUAGAGGUACUAAUAGGUGUUCUGACCGCCAUUAUCCUACUUCUCCUCGUGGUGUUCGCCAUUAUUCUCCUUCUGAAUCGGCGGCAAAAACUUCAGAGCUCGCCGACCGUUCUGAAAAAUCCAUUUGGAUUCGCCAUAAACAUGAAGGGCCUCCUCUUAAAUUUAACUCCCGGUGGAAUGCUGGCAGAGACUGCCAAUCACGUAUCGCCGGACAUGCCCGAGGACGGAAGUAUGCACGAGUCUUUGACAAUGGAACAAUUCAAUUCGCCCCUUGUCAGCCCGCAGUAUAAAUCUACGUACGCGAUAGUGGCCACUUCCGAAUCCCCCAAAGAGCUGAAGGACGUGAACGUCUCGGAGGAGAGCGUGCGACUCGACACGAGGCCGGAAUCGACCGUGGGUCCGCCCAGUUGCUCCUCGUCGCCGACCAACUCGCCCGCACGCCACUCUCAACACUACAGGACCCUCCAAAGUUACACGAGCCCAACUGCGAAACUCAAUAUCGCGGCCACGUCUAAUCACCAGCGGGACGUCGAUCAGAUCCACUCGAAACGCUGGCACACCGCGCCUAAGGAGAAACACAAGAUACCCGCACCUGUCGUCAGCUGGAACAUCGCGCCCAGCAUGAACAAACCGUACAAGUGCAAGGAGAUAGAGCCCACCAAUAUACCCCGCCAGUGCCUACGUACCACGGAGAAACUUGGCUCGAGGAACAUCGGCGAGGCGAUAGUGUGCGAGGCGGUCGGAUUGGAGGACGCGGUGGCGGAUGCGCCGAGAUUGGUGGUCGCUCGCGUGCCCGUGUGCACGGGCGACAUACGGGGCGGAAGUGCGGCGGACCAGAUAAGAGAGGUCCGAUUUCUGUCCAGCCUGUCCGACCCGAACGUGGCGCGGAUCCUGGGAGUGUGCGCCGUGGAACCAGUCCCGUGGACGAUCAUCGAGUACACGGAACUCGGUGAUCUCGCCCAUUAUCUCCAGUACAGUGUGCCACUUACGGGAACGCUUAGGCCAAGCUGCAAUUUGAAAGCCCUUAGCCAAAGCUGCCUGAUGUACAUGGGCGCGCAGAUAGCAUCGGGCAUGAGGUUCCUCGAGUCGAAGAAUCUCGUGCACAAAGAUCUGGCGGCCAGGAACUGUCUGGUGGGACGCUCUUACACAGUGAAAGUGACCGACAUAGCGAUGUGCAGCGACCUUUACAAGAAGGAUUACAGUGAUAUAGGCGGCAGACCGCCGGCGCCAAUCAGAUGGCUGCCGUGGGAAAGCAUUCUGUUGGACAGGUACACUUGCUCGAGCAGCGUCUGGUCGUUCGCCGUCACCCUGUGGGAAGUGAUGAGCCUGGCCAGGGAGAAACCUUUCCAGCAUUUGACCAACGAUCAGGUGAUACAGAACGCUGAACACAUGUACUACGGGGCCGAGUUGCAGAUAUAUCUUCCAAAGCCCACAAUGUGCCCGGAGGAGGUCUACAGGAUGAUGUGCUCGUGUUGGCGGAGGGACGAGACCUCGAGGCCGACCUUCAAAGACAUUUACACGUUCCUGAAAAACAUAAUCUCGGACUAUCGACCUGGUGCAUAAAGAGACUCGGGUCCCAGUUAACUGUGAUACACAAAUAAAAAAAAAAAAAAGAAUGGACAAAAUCUUCUUACGAAGCCGGAAGUGUACAAUCGUUAGUUUUAGUGCAUGCAGCGGAGCCGCGUCAAAUUUCCUUCUUCUUCUUUUUUUUUUUCAACGGAGGAAAGGAGAAAGGGAAAAAAAGGGAAAAAAAUCGCGAUCUGUCUAAGCGCUUCUUCCGUUCUCUCGUUUCUAUCUCUCGGCUCUUGUCGAUCGGGCAAAAUCGAGGGAGAAACUUCGGAAUUCUUCGGAAUUUUCCCUCUCUCUCUCUCGUUGGAAGAAUUAAAUUUUGCCCGAUCGCUCGACGAUCACCGUGAUCGCCUUGAUAUUUUCUAGUCAGCUCGGUCCUUCGAUUCCUAAUUCGAAAGUGCUGCUAUAUAUCGUGUACAGUAUACUGAACACUGAGCACCGAUAAGUCUAUCCACUUGUACAUACGAGACUAGAUAAACGAUGCCUAGGGUGAACGAUAGGAAUUUUCGCGGCGGCUGGUUCUUUUUCGCGAAGAAACAAGAAGAUCGUGUUCACUUUGCUUGUGAAAAUUCGAUUAAACGUUAAAGGAUCUACGUUUCAACAUAUUCUCUUCACUCUUGAUUGAACAAAAAAUUAUCUAUUGAAAACAAAACUAUAAUAUUAAAAUAAUAUAACGAUAUAAAAUUGGUCAAAAUUUUCUUUUUUGAGUCGAAUAUAAGAGACUUCCCUUCAAAGAUCGAUCCUCUGCUCGAAGGGUUAACAACAUAAUCGUAAUCAUUUUCAACAAAUAGAAUAAUACGUUUAAGAGACACCAGCUUCGCGAAAUUCCCUGAAUUAUCUUGUACAUUCGAAAGCCCGUCGUGCGUAGCGUAAAGUACUUACUUAUCGUUCCAUUGUAUUCCUUUCCGUUUGAGUGAGAAAGAGAGAGAAAGAAAGAGAAAGAGAGAGAGAGAGAGAGAGCUCACAUCUUUAGCGGGAGUAGAAACUCGAAACUUAACUCUGUUCUUCUCGAAAACCUAAACGCAUAAUAUCAUCACGCUCCUUCCUUUGAUUUACUACCAUUUAAGGGCAGAGUGGAGAGAGAGAGAGAGAUUAGAAGGCGAAAUCAUCACCAUUCUUUCGACCAUCGUUCCUUCGUGGAUGCGCAUCGUGGAUGAUCCUCGUAUCUUCGGUUUUGAAAGAUGGAUUCUCUAUCACCACCACGUUUCUCCAACUUUCGAAAAAUGUAUCCCUCUUCGUCAACGAUUUAGUUAGAAGCGCGAGAGUUAAAGGAGUGUGCGUUUGAAAGUAAUUUUUCCCUGAUUUAUUGCGCUGAGAAUGAAGUUUAUUAUUAUUAGACGAUCGGUUUCACAGUUCUCAACAUAUAAUCCCCAUUAACGUAAAAAAAGAAAAAAGAACGUUUUCUACUCUCAAAUUAUUAUAUUCGCAUCCUUUGAAUAAUUAUAAUACAAUAAUAAGUCGAAGAAAGUACAAACUGGAUGAAAUGAAAAAUAUGGAUAAAAAAAUGUGAUUGUCGAUCAUUCACGAUGCGUGUAUAUUCAAAUUGAAAAAUCUGUGGAAAUUCGCCUUCGAGGCAUAAUAAUAACGAUCGCUGCCACGAUAUCAAUGCCGUUCCGAAUUCCUGGCAAGAACGAAGAACGUUUGAACGGGACCAGUGUGAACCAACUCGUCGAUCGUGAUCGUGGAUCCGCGUGAACAAUGAAACGAAAUAGCACAGCUAUUAUAUGUUAUCAAGCCCGUAAUCGCGGGGGGGGAAAACUGGAGGAAACAGGAUAUGAUUCGCGGUUGGUUAAGUGCCAAACGGAGCGAGGCGUUCAAACGUUCCCCUUCCUCUGCGCGCACCUUUCUGUAAUUAAUUAAUUAAUUAAGAUGGAUUCAAGUAUACGUUGAAAUGAUUAACAAAUAAAGUACUGAGUGUUCCUUUCUGAA